UAGCUAACUUGAAUCGUGUGGUAGCUGCUGUAGCUACAUUGAAAUGGUGUGCAACAAGGAGGAAACUAUUAAUUGCAAUCUGGCAUUAGUUCCGAGUGGUCUGUAAAAUAUAGAACUAGGGUGAUUUGGAUGUAACCAGUCAGUUAGCUAGUAUUUAAAGUACGUAAGCAAUUUAUUGGGCUAAUUUGGCAAGGUAAGUAGGUUAUGGCUAGUUCUUGGAACAUGUUGGCCAUGAAUCAUGCGUUCAGCAGCACGUGGCCUCUGACUGAUUUGACCUAAUUUGGGAAAGGCAGCCACUCCAGUGAAAAUGGACGACUGGGUAGAGGAUGCCAGUACCACUUUUGCCAGCAAUAAAUCAAAUAUUGCUGUAGAUAAUCGAGGCAGCUCUUGGAACAAUGGAGGUGGAGACUUUGGAAGAGGUGGUAGCAGAGGCAGGGGAGGGUCCAAGAGUUUAUUCUCUUUUGCAGGGACUGAUGAAAAUGAGAAUAAUGUUGAUGGGGGCAGCUUUGGGAACAGAGGAGGUGGGAGGGGAGUCUUUGGUGGAAGAGGAGGCAGGGGAGGUGGCAGAGGGUCAAGGGGAGGUGGUGGAUUCAGUAACGGUAGUGAAGAUGGUGGAAGAGGCGACUUUGGCAGUGGAGGAGGUUACCGUGGAAGAGAUGAAGAAGUAUUUUCUAAAGCCAGGGAUGGGGAAGGGGGAGGAGAUAUGGAAAAUGCAGGUCCACCAAAGGUGACCUACGUACCUCCAGCCCUCUCUGAAGAGGAGGACUCAAUUUUUGCCCAUUACGAGUCGGGAAUCAACUUUGACAAGUACGACAACAUCCUAGUGGAUGUUAGUGGCAGCAAUCCCCCAAAGGCCAUCAUGACAUUUCAAGAGGCAGCCUUGUGCGACACCUUGAACAGAAAUGUCAGCAAGUCUGGCUAUGUGAAGCCCACUCCGGUACAAAAGCAUGGUAUCCCUAUUAUUGCUGUAGGGAGAGACCUGAUGGCUUGUGCCCAGACAGGUUCAGGAAAAACGGCUGCUUUCUUGCUGCCAAUCCUGCAGAAGCUGAUGGCGGAUGGUGUCGCCGCCAGUCAGUUCAGUGAGUUACAGGAGCCUGAGGCCAUCAUAGUAGCCCCUACCCGGGAGCUGAUCAAUCAGAUCUAUAUGGAGGCCAGGAAGUUUGCCCACGGGACUUGUGUGCGUCCAGUGGUAGUUUACGGUGGCAUAAGCACCGGUUACACGAUCAGAGAGGUGUUAAAGGGCUGCAACGUGUUAUGUGGGACUCCAGGAAGACUGCUGGACAUUAUUGGUAGAGGAAAGGUUGGCCUCAGCAAGCUGAAAUACCUGGUGCUGGAUGAGGCAGACAGAAUGUUGGACAUGGGGUUUGAGCCAGACAUGAGGAAGCUGGUGGGCUCCCCUGGCAUGCCCUCCAAAGAGCAGCGGCAGACCCUUCUGUUCAGCGCCACCUAUCCUGAGGACAUCCAGAGGUUGGCUGCUGACUUCCUGAAGACUGAUUACCUGUUUCUGGCGGUGGGCGUGGUGGGUGGAGCAUGUAGUGACGUGGAGCAGGUGGUUCUCCAGGUGGACAAGUUCUCCAAGAGACAGCAACUGUUGGAUGUCCUCAAGACUACAGGUACUGAUCGCACAAUGGUGUUCGUGGAAACCAAGAGACAGGCUGACUUCAUUGCAACCUUCCUCUGUCAGGAGAAAGUUUCUACUACAAGCAUUCAUGGUGAUCGUGAGCAGAGGGAGCGAGAGCAGGCACUCAAUGACUUCCGCACAGCCAAAUGUCCUGUACUGGUGGCCACUUCCGUGGCUGCCCGCGGCCUGGACAUCGAUCACGUCCAGCAUGUUGUGAACUUUGACCUCCCCAACAAUAUAGAUGAGUACGUCCACCGCAUUGGUAGAACGGGCCGUUGUGGGAAUACCGGACGAGCAGUGUCGUUUUUCGACCCGCAAAACGACAUCCAGCUGGCCCGCUCUAUGGUCAAAGUACUCUCUGGGGCCCAGCAGGAGGUGCCCUCGUGGCUUGAAGAACUGGCCUUUAGUGCCCAUGGAACCUCAGGUUUCAAUCCCAGAGGAAGCACCUUUGCCUCUACUGAUAGUAGGAAGGGGGGUUCUUUCCCGAGUGAGGCCUCAAGCCAGCCUGCAGCCCAAACCACAGGUGGUGGUGAUGAUGAUGACUGGGAGUGAAGCUCAAGCUGUGUUCUUUCAGUUUUGGUUUUCAAGACAGCUUUCGUUCAGUGUUACUUUUACCUUUUUUAUAUUGUUUGAACAUAAUUUCGUCUUAAUCAGAAACUGUUAAUUGCUUGAACCUGGUCUGAGAUGAAUCUUAUUGGUUAAUGUGAUGGGCAUUUGAAUUGUGAUUUAAGCUUUCUUCUAUAAUUUUACCUCACAAAUUCUGUGUAGAUCUAGCAGUGUGUGUUUUCAUUGUAGACAUAUGGUGUUGGAAAAGCAUGUGUUUCCUGGUGUUGACUGUAAUUUAUGUAAGCAAUCAUAACUUACUCCAGUAAAGGAUAUUGUGGUUCUGUUCACUGAUUUGAUACGAUCUCUGUCAGUGUUUUUCUUUCUACAUGGAGACAACUGAUAAUUAGUUACCGUUGGCACUUCCUCUUUAUCGCUGUUGUGAGCAAUGUAGACUGAAGUCGUACUAGGUUUUUUUCUUAUUCAGUUUCAAGUUAAGAAAGAGGGAAAUAAGUUCCUAUCAAAUUCAUUGGAUGUCACUUAAUUUUAAAGUUAUUCUUGCUAAAGUUUAAAGAUGUACUUUUCGUUAUUGUACAUUCUCCUGACGCCAGCUCUUGCAACAGGUACCUAAACCUUAACAAACUUGAAUGUAUUUAAGACAGUUUUAGCAUUUGAAUAAGCCUUGCUUUUACAAAUGUAAAGAAUUUGUAUGGUUUCUAAGUGAUCAUUUUAAGUAAAGAAAUAAUGAUUAUG